ACCGUCGAAUUUAAGGUUACUUUCUUGAGAAAUCUAUUUAUUGUUGUAUUCUUUCUCCUUUCCUUAUUGCUUUGAGAAACCGUAAAUAACCAUGGCUCUAUUACAGAAAUUACUAAGCAAACACAUAUUUUCAGUCAAUACACGUAUCGUCUCUACUGCGAGAUUGUCUUCCACCAAUACAAAAAUCGCUGUAACUGACGACAGCCCAGCAGAUAUUGAUAAUCCGUAUAAGAAAGAAGUGAAGCAGUGCAUCUUAUGUAAAUUGAACAUUACACCAGACUACAAAAACUAUCGUCUUCUAUCUCAAUUCCAAUCCCCAUACACUGGUCGCAUAUAUGGAAGGCAUAUAACGGGCCUAUGUCGUAAAAAGCAAUUUCAAGUGGAAACAGAAAUAACAAAAGCACAGAACUGUGCUUACAUGCCAUAUUACUACAAGGACAAGAGGUUCUUGAAAGAUCCAAAACUAUUUGAUCCCGAAAAUCCGAUUAGGCCGCACAGAUUUUAGAUCAAAUGUAAUAAUUAAAGUUGC